AUUAUGAUCCCUCGAAAGCAAAGACAUGUCCAGCCUCGUUUAAUGUGUAAUCACUCGUAUAGGUUAGUAACUCCGAGGUUAUUAAGCAUGUGAAUUAAUGUUGUUAUAAUGUUUAAACAACUUACAAGCUAAUCUAAUCAUGCUGUUGAAUUGAUGUAUGUAAAUAUUCCAAGCGAUUUAUUAUUUAUAUUCGUAAAUAUAUAAAGCAUCUCGAUUGAGGAUUGAAUAGUAGAAAGAUGGCAGAAGAGGGUAAGAAGAUUUCUUUUGGUUUUGUAAAAUCUAUUAAGAAGCCUGUGUUAAAGAGUACUGUACCUCAAGAAGAAAAAAAGGUUGAUUACAUUGAAUGUCUUGACGAGAAGGGUAUUAAAGUAAUAGGAGAAGAGAAAAAGAAAGAUGAACCCCUUGUUAUUCCAUUGCUAGGUUCAAAAACAUGGCAUGAUAGAAUUAUUAAUAAAAUUGAUGCUGAUAUUUUUGAACCUAAGACAAAGGAGGAACCAACAGAUGAUAGCGCCAAGCAGGAGGGAAAGGUUGAUGUACCUAAUGGCAGUUUAUUGCCACAGAUUUCAGUGAAAGAAGAAGUAAUAGAGAAUGAUGAAAAUAAAGCUGUUACUUUAGAAGAACAAGCAGCUAAAGAAAUCAUUGAAGAUCUCAACUCUAAGGAAAAGGAACAACAAAGCGAAACAAAAACAUUGACUUUAUCUUUAACAGAUGAUCCAUCAUUAAGAGGCACAGAGCAGUCUACAUUAGAAGACUAUGAUAAAAUUCCUGUUGAUGCUUUUGGAUUAGCAAUGUUAAGAGGAAUGGGAUGGCAACCUGGCAAGGGAAUUGGUAAAAAUGAGAAAGUAGUAUCAGCUGUUAUACCUGAAUUACGUCCGAAAGGUAUGGGCCUAGGAGCAGACAAAGUGACAUUACAAAAGAAAAAUACAGAUUCUAAGAAGCAGGAGGAAGAACUUAAAAUUGAAAAAGGGACUUUCGUGAAAAUCAUAGCUGGGAAACAAAGCAAUAACUAUGGGCAAAUAGAGGGAUUUGACGAGGACGCUGGAAGGCUGAUAAUAAAACUAGCUCUUGGAGGGAAUAUUAUUUCUGUAAAUGAAUUCAUGGUGCAACCUGUAACUAAAUCCGAAUAUUCAAAAAACUCGAAAGUUCUAACAUUUCGUUUGGCAUUAGUGCAACUUCAGGUUGAUGAAAUUAAAGUUAAGAAUAUAGAUCGAACAGUUUCGUUCAUCUCAGAUGCAAAAAAACAAAACGCAGACAUUGUCGCACUUCCCGAGUGCUUUAAUUCACCCUACGGAAUACAACACUUUCCAAAGUAUGCUGAAAGCAUUCCUGAUGGCGAAACAAGUGUCGCAUUGUCGGAAGCUGCCAAAGAAAAUAGCAUUUAUAUAAUUGGUGGUACAAUACCAGAAAGAGAUGGGAAUAAACUGUAUAAUACCUGUACUAUAUGGGGACCUAAUGGAACUUUGAUAACGAAGCACAGAAAAGUGCAUUUAUUUGAUAUUGACAUUCCUAACAAAAUUACGUUUCGUGAAAGUGAUUCACUCAGUGCUGGUAAUUCGUUAACGAUGUUCGAAGUGAAGGGCUGCAAAAUAGGGAUUGGAAUUUGCUAUGAUAUUAGAUUCGAGGAAAUGGCACGCAUUUAUCGAAAUAAAGGUUGCCAGAUGCUAAUAUAUCCAGCGGCAUUCAAUAUGACCACUGGACCAAUGCACUGGUCGUUGCUUCAGCGUUCCAGAUCAAAUGACAAUCAAUUAUACGUCGCUUGUAUAUCACCGGCUCGUGUACCUUCAGCUGGUUACGUCGCAUAUGGCCAUACGCAAUUAACCAACCCUUGGGGGGAGGUUCUUCACGAUCUGGAAACUCAAGAGAGCAUGGUAGUCGCUGAUAUAGAUUUGAAAGUCGUGGACGAAGUCAGAGCGCAGAUUCCUACAUUCUUUCAACGACGCACAGAUUUGUACGAUACUAUCUGGAAAAAAGAUUGAUGCAAUUGAAAAUUUAAUACACUAAUUUUAUAAUUUUACAUCGCGCGCGCUUUGUAAAGCAUCACUAAUGCCAUACAGCGGUGGGUAUCGAAACUAUCGAAACAGAAAAUUGUGUUUUUUUUAUAAUAUUCUGCAAUCCCAACUUAACCCAAAUAAUAAUAAUAAUAAUAAUAAUAAUAAUA